AUGGCGCGGCUCUUACAGAGAUAUGAGUUCCUUGAGUUCUGGAGAGCCGAAAGUAGUUCUCUCCUCCCCUACCCGGCCCCAGAAGACUUCGUUUACAUGAAGCGGACUACUUCCUCCCUGUGCAAGCUCCGGGAGGGACCGCACGCCUUGUCUUCCCCUCCCUCCUCCAUCCCCUCCAUCUCCCUCCCUGGACAGCCUGCGAAUCCUGGAGGGACAUCGCUCCCUGCCGCCUCCUCCCUUCCUCUCUCGUUCCCUCCUCCUCACUCUCCAUUGCCUGCACCCCCCCCGCCUCCUUCUUCGGCGGACCCUCCGCUCUCAUCACUGCCUUCGAAGUCCGCUUCUUCCCUCCCUUCCAUCUAUUCCUCCACCUCCCUCCCUGCCAUUCAACCCCUUCCCCCUCCUUCCACACCGGAUAUUACUGCCCAAGUCCGCUCCUUCCUUCUGGAAAAAUGGAAGGUGGGGUGGGGGCAGGACGUGAAAGGAAAAGAAUUUGCUAAGGCGGUGGAACUUUUGUCGCAGGACAACGCCUCAGCCAGAAGCUUUUUGGAGGAUGUAGCUCCUUCUACUCCGCACAUUGAGACAUUGGCUUUGUCUUUCAUUGUUGUCAUGCGCUGCGGAGCUUUUGAUGCGUGACGCAUCUCUUCGAUAAUGAAAAAAGUAAAGAAAAUGGAUUGUAAAACUUGACUCAGUGUAGUCAUGCCGGACCAAAUUAAAAGACAGGAAUGCGUGGCUAGGCAUUGAUAUGAAAUUAAAUAACAAUUGAACUGAAGUAUCACA